UUCAAAAUCAUCGUUGUCUCUUUGUUCUGUGAAUACUCGUGGAGCUAUGGCUGGAAAAGGCGAUGGUCCGGCUAUUGGGAUCGACUUGGGGACGACCUACUCGUGCGUUGGUGUUUGGCAGCACGAUCGCGUGGAGAUCAUAGCGAAUGAUCAAGGCAACAGAACGACGCCGUCGUAUGUGGCUUUCACCGACACGGAGCGGCUGAUCGGCGACGCCGCCAAGAACCAGGUCGCCAUGAACCCGACCAACACUGUUUUCGAUGCCAAACGUUUGAUUGGCAGACGAUUCAGUGAUCCAUCGGUGCAAAAUGACAUGAAAUUGUGGCCGUUUAAGGUGAUUGCUGGCCCUGGCGACAAGCCCAUGAUUGUUGUGAACCACAAGGGUGAGGAGAAGCAAUUCGCCGCGGAAGAGAUCUCAUCGAUGGUGCUCAUCAAGAUGAAGGAGAUUGCGGAGGCUUACCUCGGCAUAGCUAUCAAGAAUGCAGUUGUUACUGUGCCUGCUUACUUCAACGAUUCACAGCGUCAAGCCACGAAGGACGCCGGUGUUAUUGCUAGCCUGAAUGUGAUGCGUAUCAUUAACGAGCCUACCGCUGCUGCCAUCGCAUAUGGGCUUGACAAGAAAGCGAGUAGCUCUGGUGAGAAGAAUGUGCUUAUUUUCGACCUCGGUGGUGGCACAUUUGAUGUCUCCCUCCUUACCAUUGAAGAGGGUAUCUUUGAAGUGAAAGCUACAGCUGGUGACACCCACUUGGGUGGUGAAGAUUUUGACAACAGGAUGGUGAACCACUUCGUUCAGGAGUUCAAGAGGAAGCACAAGAAGGACAUCAAUGGAAACCCCAGAGCUUUGAGGAGGCUGAGGACGGCUUGUGAGAGAGCCAAGAGGACCCUGUCAUCAACUGCUCAAACUACCAUCGAAAUUGAUUCUCUGUAUGAGGGCGUCGAUUUCUACACAACUAUUACUCGGGCCAGAUUCGAGGAGCUGAACAUGGAUCUCUUCAGGAAGUGUAUGGAGCCUGUGGAGAAGUGUUUGAGGGAUGCUAAGAUGGACAAGAGCAGUGUCCAUGAUGCGGUUCUAGUUGGUGGGUCUACGAGGAUCCCCAAGGUUCAACAAUUGUUGCAGGACUUUUUCAAUGGAAAGGAGCUAUGCAAGAGCAUCAACCCUGAUGAGGCCGUUGCUUAUGGUGCCGCUGUCCAGGCCGCAAUCCUUAGCGGUGAGGGCAAUGAGAAGGUGCAGGACCUUCUGUUGUUGGACGUCACUCCUCUGUCCCUUGGAUUGGAAACAGCAGGAGGUGUAAUGACUGUGCUAAUUCCGAGGAACACCACAAUCCCCACCAAGAAAGAGCAGGUGUUCUCCACCUAUUCGGAUAACCAACCUGGUGUGCUAAUCCAAGUGUACGAGGGUGAAAGAACUAGGACCAAGGACAACAACUUGCUCGGAAAGUUUGAGCUCUCCGGAAUUCCUCCUGCUCCUAGGGGAGUUCCACAAAUCAGUGUCUGCUUUGACAUCGACGCAAAUGGCAUCUUGAAUGUCUCGGCUGAGGACAAAACGACCGGACAAAAGAACAAGAUCACCAUCACAAACGACAAAGGUAGGCUUUCCAAGGAGGAGAUUGAGAAUAUGGUACAGGAGGCUGAGAGGUACAAGGCCGAGGAUGAGGAACACAAGAAGAAGGCUGAGGCCAAGAAUGCUUUGGAAAACUAUGCUUACAACAUGAGGAACACCAUCAAAGAUGAGAAGAUUGCAUCCAAAGUCCCUGCUGCUGACAAGAAGAAGAUUGAAGAUGCAAUUGAGCAGGCCAUCCAGUGGCUCGACGGAAACCAGCUUGCUGAGGCAGAUGAGUUCGAGGACAAGAUGAAGGAGUUGGAGGACAUUUGCAGCCCCAUAAUUGCUAAAAUGUACCAAGGCGGAGCUGCUGGUGGUGACGCGGGUGGGGCCAUGGACGAGGAUGGUGAUCCUUCUCCUGGUGGCGGAAGUGGUGCUGGCCCCAAGAUCGAGGAGGUGGAUUAAGCUGCAGUGCUUUGUCCUAGUUAAUGCAGAUGUUCGAGUUCGAGUGACUCACGUUUUGUUUCAUCCUGUACAUGGUUUCGGAGUUUGUUUAACUAAUAUGUAUUUUGCUCUUAUCUUUUUCAAUGGCAAUUACCUAGAUGUUGGAUUUUAAACUCUCACUGUUCUUAGAAUAUUUUUCAUUAAUGGUUUCAUGUGAUUUUGCUUAGUGGUCCUUCAUAUAUAACUGCCAAUUGGUUUGUUAGGCAGACUUUCUUUUUUUA